UGGGAGAGUGAGCAGCAGAGGAGUCUGGAGGAGAGGGGCCGCUUGCUGCUGUGCCUGCAGUUCCUCCCCCCGACCAGCGAGGGCGAUGUGAUCAGCGAGGACAAGGAGAGGGUGCGCGGUGGGUUGUGCGUCGGCGUCAAACGCUGCGCCCAUCUGGCAGCCAUGGACGUCAAUGGCUUCUCUGAUCCCUAUGUUAAAACGUACCUGAAGCCGGACCUGCAGAAGAAAUCCAAGCACAAAACAGCUGUCAUAAAAAAGACGCUAAACCCAGAAUUUAAUGAGGAGUUCUUCUAUGAAAUCUCCUUCAUGGAGCUUUCCACCAAGACCCUGGAGGUGACCGUGUGGGACUACGACCUCGGCAAGUCCAACGACUUCAUAGGGGGCGUGUCCUUAGGCUGUCACUCACAGGGUGAAACGCUCCAGCAUUGGAUAGACUGUCUGAAGAACAAGGGUCAGAAGGUGGAGCGCUGGCACACGCUGACCAAUGAGCUGCCUGGAUCGACGUUCCAGGAAUAG